AUUACGACCAUAUAGUUGUCAUCCAAAACUGGGCACCGCCUCGAUAAGCGUAAAGGAACAUCACAAAAGCCCCUGUAAAAGUCCCUUUCUAAUCUUGGCUGCCUGGGGGAAUCGAUGCAAUGGGAUUGGCGGGUACGCCGCACACGGCGACCCAGACGUGCGCACAAGCGAUUACAGUGUUAUAUUUGGACUCGUAAAAUAUAGCUCUUUAUCCUUAUUCAAGCUCCAGCUGCUAUACUUCUUCGUUGUUCAGUUAACAACGCCAAGCUUACACCUGAAGGGAAUUAACGGUAGAGGGAGGAGGUCUACAUCGGCCCUGUGUAUGCAGGUGCACGUGAACGGGUUUUCCAUGGAAGCCUUCCAUCCGAUGCGACAUCUGCCUUGCCGGGCACAAGCUACCUUACCGUAUAGUCAUUCUACUCGCGUGGCUCAGAAGCUGCUUGUGGCGCUCGAUCGACCCGCACCUUGUGCAUCAGCCGGCCGCAAGCGAUACAAGGUAGUCCGCGGCUGCGCUGUGGCAGCGCCAGAGCGACAACGGACAGUCUGCGAGAGCGAUUUAGGUUGGAGGACGGAUUUUGCGGAGCAUUACUCCUUACUAGAAGUAAUCGGCAAGGGCAACUUCGGCACGGUCUGGCUGGCCGCGUCGCGGCAUGACCCUUCCAAGCAGGUCGCGGUCAAGGUUCUCCCCAAGGCACGCCAGGACCGCAGCAGAGAGGAGCUGCUGGCAGGCAUCCGUCGGGAGGUGACGCUAUGGAGCAGUCUGAGCGGCUCCUCUCGCUUCGUGGCGCAGCUGUUGGGGCUGUUUGAGGACGGCGGCAGCGCCUACCUGGUGCAGCAGCUGUGUGCGGGGGGCGACCUGAGUUCGGCGCUGGAGGAGGCCCCCCUGCCCGAGGCCGCCUGCGCCGCCAUUAUGUGGUGUGUGCUGAGCGCCAUCCGCGACUGCCACCAACGCAAACUCAUCCUGAUGGACGUGAAGCCGCAGAACUUCCUGCUCACCUUCUCAGCAGCCCGGGCGGUAGCUGCAAACACAAACGGUAGCAGUAGCAGCAGUAGCAGUGCUGCUGGAGGUGGCCAGGUUGCUGUGACUGCUGCUGCUGCUGCUGCUGCGGCGGCGGCGGUAACAACAGCGGCCGUUGGGAGUAGUGGUUCUGGUGGGUCCCCGGCAGUGGGUGCUGCAGCAGCAGUGACUGUAGCAGCACCUGCGGCCUUGACGACGUCAUCUGGGUCUUCCAUGUCGGACGGGGGAGGCAUGGUUGGUACUGCUACUGCUACUGUCGGUGUCAGCAGCAGUGUAUCUACGGAUGGCAGCAGUAGCAGCGGCAGCGGCGGUAGCACUAGCAGCGUUGGCAGCAUGGACGGCGCUAGCAGCAGUUACAGCAACGGUGCGCGUAGUAGUAACGGCCGUGGCGCGUUGGGUUCGUUUGUACGGCAGUUGCGGUUGGAGGAUCAGGUAUCUGGAGGCGGCUCUACAGGUCCGGCGGUUGUCGCCUGCGACUUCGGGUGUUCAUUGGCGUACAGCGAUCCAGCUCGCGGCUCCAAGCGAGGCGGCUCGCCGGUGUUCUACGCUCCGGAGCAAUUCUCCUCCAGUUACGGGCUGGCAGUGGACGUGUGGGCAGCAGGCGUGAUGCUGUACCUGCUGCUCAGCGGGCGCUACCCCUUUUGGGACACCAAGCGAACCCACAUGGAGCCGCAGCUGCCAGCAUACCAGGUCAUGCUGGCAGUGUGCAGUGCGCCCAUUACCUUCCGCGGUCCCGAGUGGCUGGUGGUGUCACGUGAGGGGCGCGACCUGGCUGAACGCAUGCUGGACCGCAACCCCACCACCCGCAUCACCGCGGAGGAGGCGCUGCAGCACCCCUGGUUCGCACGGUGGAUGCGAGGAGGAGCCGGGAGCGCGUCUGGGGAUGAGGCGGCGGCGGCCUCAUUGUCCUCGUCAUCCACAGCUGGAGCUGCGCGGGCGGCAGCAGCAUCGUCGUCGUCGCACCAUAAGAAGGGCGGCAGCGACUACCGGCAACACCGCCACGUGCAUCCGGCCCCGUCAGCUGCGCUGAAGCACGUACGGCAACAGCAGGGGCAGGAGAGGAAGGGGGAGGAGAUGGGGAGGGUUUCCGGGCAGGUGACCCAUGGGUCGGCUUUUGAAGGUGAGCUGAAGCUGCACCCGGGAUCGUCCCUUCAAGGCGGGGCGAUGACGACUGGUUCUAACGGUUGCUGUGGUAACCGUAUCAGUGACAGCGGCGGUGGCGGUAACAUUGUGUCCUUGAAUGCCGCAGCUGCGGCGGCGUCAGUAGUGGCCGGUCGCAGUGAUGCCGGUGCCGCUGCUGCAACCAAUGCUGGCGGGAUCGGCAUUGCUGUUUAAGGAACACCACCGAGGAGAGCUAUGCGCGGCCCUUGUACAAUAUCGCUUCACUUGAAGGUCUGAUGUCUCCUGAAGGGUCUUGUAAUAAGUAUUGUGUUUGUUCCGCAGGUGCUAAAAACGUAUUGUUUGAGAGAAAUGCUUUGGUGAAGAUGGGUGACGAAAAGCAUGGCGCGCUUGGGCGUCUUGUCUGUCUGUCCUCUCGUACAACAGACGGAACAUGCUGCGUGUUUUUUUACAACUGUGUACGACUGUGUAUAUUGUUUUUGCGAAUGCCUGUGGACGACGAGUCACCGUGGUGUGUAUUAGGACGCGCAUGUGGGUCGUGUCUUCUUUCGGGUAGCGAUGCUACACCGUAAAGUACUGCUCAAACCCUUCCCUGCAGCGGGCAGGCAUGCGACAGCCCCUUGAAUUGGGGGGUCGCUUCUGGCCUCUGCAAAAUACUGCUGCUUUGGCAUGCUCAACGUGGGUCGUUCUGUAGUGUUAACAAGUCAUUGUUUUUCGCUCGACAAGUGUACGACAGUCAACGUAACUGGUGGUAUUGAGCAGGGGCCACCUCGCUACUGAUUGGAUAGGCUAAGCGAUGGUGGUGGUUGCGUCGACUAGGAGAUACCGGUAGUUAGCGAAGCUCGAGGGCAUGGUAGUGUUUAGGAAGACGAUGAAUGCAUUUUCUUGGUCGUGGCACUUGGCUUGGUGACUGCUCUGGUUGGAAGGGAAUGCUGAGAACGCUGAUAGUGAUCUCCUUGGGUAGUUUGGGUGGCUUGAAUUCCAUUUCCCAGCGAAUUGUUGGGUGGCACGUUAGUGAGCAGAGCGAGUGAUGCCACAUGCCGUUACCAUGUUGAGAGGCAUGUGAGGGUUACUAGAUAGGAGGAGAGGGUUGCGUUCUGUACCUCUAUGGCGAUUGAUGGAGGCAUGGCAUGAGUGCGGUUUCGGGGCGUGGAACAUUCGUCAGAUUCGACCUUCUGUUCGCGAGAAGUUCUACUUGCUGCUGAAAGGUCCGGGUAAUAGGACCGUGUUCCUUUGCAGAACGCUAGGGUUUGCGUGCGGCGGCUCUCCUCGUCAUCUCGGGGUUUAAAAGUUUUGUCUCGUUGCUUCAUUCUUGGGCGCAUCUUGCGCAUGGUAAGAUAGCUGCUACAUUGCUGCUUUUGUGUGCCAAUAAGUAAGACUGGCGCCGCUGUUCUUCCCCUCGCGCACACGCACGUUUCUUUGUGGCCGGCCUUUGCGUGCGCAAGUGUGCGUUUGUGGGUCCGUACGGGGUUGCCGUGGCGCGCAAGAUGGCUUACGCUUGAUUCUUUGCUUGCUUUCCGUACAGAUGGUUAGUAUCUCGGUGCGAGUGCUGAUGCCGUACGCUCGCAACAGCCUAACGGAGGUAGCCUCUUGUUGCGCCCGCCUGAUUCCUCAUGCUGUGACCGUUUGUUGGGAGUCAACUAGGCAUGCGUUUGGGCCCAUCCAAGCCCCUUUAUGGGCACCCCAACCUGAACGCCUAAACGUCAGAAGCCACUGCGUUCGUACGUGGCUAGCGGCUAAGGAAUAAUGCAUACCGGCACUCGGUGGUAAGGUUACACCUCAUAGGGAGAUCGCUAUGGAGUUGACAAGGGAAAACGCACUUUUGUGGGCAUGACUGUACGAUUGUGUACGGAUGGUGGACCGCAGCCUGUGACCGAAGCACUUCCUUGUUUGGCGCUUGCUACUCCGGAAACUGGAGGUCCAGGUUAGCUGCAAUCCUGCGAACAAUGUGCGCUAGGGGGUGCGUGCGGCCAAUAGCACGACCGUGACUCUGUAAUAGGCACGGAGCUUUAGGAAGGAUGUGGGGAUGAAGCAUGACUGCUGUUGAACCUGGCUUGGACUGGUGCUCACGUGUUGUGUGUCUAGCAUGGGUUGUGGACAAGACUUUGCUUGUUCAGUCCUCCUGGCCUUCCGUGACGGUUGCCUGGCGGUCCUGCUUUCGGCGGUUUCCCCUCUCUCAUUCGUCCUCCUGUAAGGGUCUGCAAGCUGCCCCAAGAGGAAGC